AUGGCUGGUCCCGAGUAUGACACGGAAAUCAAAAACGAUCUUCGAGAAACCGUCAGCGAGAGAUCAUGGCCCAAGAGAUACCAUGGGACUGGUGAUGCGUUUGUUGAUGGCGGCGCCGCGGAAUUGUACGAGCCUAUCCCUGAGUAUGAAGGAAGACAUCGAUAUGAUCCGACUGCAGAGUGGACGGAAAAAGAAGAGAAGCGGUUAGUCAGACGGCUUGAUUACCGAAUCUGCUCGUGGGUCUGUUUGAUGUUCUUCGCCCUCCAGUUGGACCGAGGCAAUAUCUCCCAAGCCCUGAGUGACGGCAUGCUGAAGGACCUACAUCUAAACACGAACCAGUACAACUACGGCCAAAUGAUUUUCUACCUCACCUUCCUCUGCGCCGAAGUACCAUCCCAGAUGAUCUCGAAAAAGCUUGGUCCCGACGUAUGGAUCCCCAUCCAGAUGGUCACCUGGAGCGUUGUUGGGAUCUGUCAAGCCCUCAUCGUGGGGGAGAAAACCUUUUACGCCACACGCGCACUGCUGGGACUGAUUGAGGGGGGUUUCAUUCCAGAUGCUCUUCUCUACCUGUCGUAUUUCUAUACAAACAAGGAACUCCCGAUCCGAGUGGGGUAUUUCUAUUGCGCGUCGCAUUUUACCUUUAUCAUUGCCGCUUUUCUGGCCUAUGGCAUUCUUCAUAUGAGAUCGAUUGGCGGCUGGGAAGGGUGGAGGUGGCUAUUUGCCAUUGAAGGAGCUCUGACGGCUGUUAUCGGUAUUGUGUCAUGGUUCUAUCUCCCUCCAAGUCCGACCCAGACUGCGAGUUGGUUCCGUGGACGAGACGGUUGGUUUAGUGAGAGAGAAGAGGUUAUCAUGGUCAACCGCGUUCUCCGAGAUGACCCGGGCAAGGGAGGCAUGCACAACCGUCAAGGACUGACUCUCAAGUUACUCUGGGCUUCUCUUACGGAUUACGAUCUCUGGCCUUUGUAUGCAAUCAGUUGGACGAUGCUUAUUCCGACGACCCCCGUCCAGGCAUAUCUGACCCUCAAUCUGAAAGCACUGGGAUUCAAUACUUUCCAGACCAAUCUGCUCACGAUUCCGGCCUAUGUGCUCUUCCUCAUCCAGCUGCCUUUCUGGUCGUGGUACUCGGAAAAGAUCAACAAUCGAAUGGCAAUUGUUCUGUUCUACUCACUCUGGUGUUUUCCUCUUCUUCUUGCCUUGGAACUGCUUCCAUCGAACGCUAGUCACUGGAGUUGGUAUGUUCCUACAAUUAUGCUUAUUGGAUUUCCCUAUAUCCAUUCCAUCAAUGUCAGUCUAACUUCCCGAAAUGCCGGUACGGUUCGCACAAGAACCAUAGGCAGUGCCCUGUACAAUAUGAUCUGUCAAGCGAGUUCGAUCAUCUCGUCAAGUAUCUACAGAGAGGAUGACAAGCCAUACUACAGACGAGGAAAUAAAAUCCUCCUCGCACUGGUUGGCUGGAAUGUAGUUAUGACCAUCUUCAUCAAGGUGUACUACAUCCGGCGGAAUAAAGCACGAGAUCAACGAUGGAAUGCGAUGAGUUCGGAAGAGAAGGAUCAUUAUCUGCGAACAACCAAGGAUGAAGGAAAUAAGAGAUUGGACUUUAGAUUUGCCCACUAAAUGUAUCAGAUGGACUGUUGACGAAAUCUUUUAUAUCUUCGCUGGACUUCCAAUUGAACAUUGCUAUAUGUUGACGCUAUGACGAUAUUCGAUUGAUUAUUCUAUAGAUCAGAGAGAAAAUAGACAAGGC